GCCGUAGGCAGAUUUAUCACCUCCGAACCAAAACAGGCAAACAUUUCCAAGAUUGAUUUCAUAUUAUCUAAGAGGCCAGGGGAGCUAAAUGCUUUUAAAUAUGCUUACCAGUUGGAGGAAGAAAAGAAACAAGCGUGUGGAUUAUGUCUUCUAGUAAAGAGCCGGUCUUCUACUUUGGGGAUGUCCAGUACUCGGUGGAUGAGAGUGCCGGCUACGUGGAGGUGCAGAUAUGGAGGACGGGUACGGACCUCUCCAGGCCUUCGAGCGUCACCGUGAGGUCCCGGAAAACAGAACCACCCUCUGCAGAUGCUGGAACAGAUUAUGUGGGAAUCAGCCGCAGUUUAGAUUUUGCACCUGGCGUCAACAUGCAGACUGUUCGUGUUGUCAUUCUGGAUGACCUGGGAAGACCCGUGCUGGAGGGAAUUGAAAAGUUUGAACUGGUACUCCGCAUGCCGGUGAACGCUGCCCUUGGCGAGCCCAGCAAGGCCAUGGUGUCCAUAAAUGACUCGGCCUCCGACUUGCCUAAAAUGCAAUUCAAAGAGAGAGUGUACACUUGCAAUGAAGACGAUGCCCGUGUCGUGGCAAUGAUCUACAGGAGCGGUGACGUCCAGCACAGGUCCUCUGUGAGAUGCUACACGAGGCAGGGGUCCGCGCAGGUGAUGAUGGACUUCGAAGAACGCCCAAAUACUGAUGUCUCCAUUGUCACAUUCCUCCCCGGUAUGUAUGAACUUGAAAAUGAUUUAAAUCUCUUACUAAUUUUUAAUGAGAUUGGAGAAAGUCAGUACUACAAUAUUGGUCCCAGUUAUUAG